AGAGCGGCAACCUUCCGUUUCUUCUUCCCCAAUUUCUUCUCGUUUUGGUGCAUACUGUGACGCCUCUCUCAGAGAGGAGAGAGAGAGAGAGAGAGAGCGAGAGAGAGAGCGAGAGAGGGAGCUCUCUGCGAGGGCGGAGAUCUCUUAGGGAAGGCGUAGAAGGGGAGAGCAGGAGUAGCGGAAGAGAGGAAGAAGAAAUGAGCGGGCACGACUCUAAGUACUUCUCCACCACCAAGAAGGGAGAGAUCCCCGAGCUGAAAGAGGAGCUCAAUUCCCAAUACAAGGACAAGAAAAAGGAUGCUGUGAAAAAGGUUAUUGCUGCCAUGACAGUUGGCAAAGAUGUUUCAUCACUGUUUACAGAUGUAGUGAACUGCAUGCAAACUGAAAACUUGGAACUCAAGAAGCUAGUUUAUUUAUACCUUAUAAACUAUGCAAAAAGCCAGCCUGAUCUUGCAAUACUUGCUGUUAAUACAUUUGUGAAGGAUUCACAAGAUCCAAAUCCUCUAAUUCGGGCUCUAGCUGUGCGUACUAUGGGAUGCAUCCGUGUCGACAAAAUCACAGAGUAUUUAUGUGAUCCUCUUCAGCGUUGCCUUAAGGAUGAUGAUCCUUAUGUUCGUAAAACGGCAGCAGUUUGUGUUGCAAAGCUCUAUGACAUAAAUGCUGAGCUUGUAGAGGAUCGAGGUUUCCUUGACACCUUGAAGGAUCUGAUCUCUGACAACAACCCAAUGGUAGUUGCAAAUGCAAUUGCAGCCCUUGCCGAGAUACAGGAGAACAGCAGUAGACCAAUUUUUGAAAUUACAAGUCAAACACUUUCAAAGCUCCUUGCUGCUCUAAACGAGUGCACUGAAUGGGGUCAGGUUUUCAUAUUGGAUUCUCUUUCAAGGUACAAGGCAUCUGAUGCCCGUGAAGCUGAAAAUAUAGUUGAGCGAGUUACUCCACGUCUACAGCAUGCAAACUGUGCAGUUGUGCUCUCAGCAGUCAAGAUGAUUCUUCAGCAGAUGGAAUUGAUAACUAGCACAGACAUUGUCCGGAAUCUUUGCAAGAAAAUGGCUCCACCUUUAGUGACGCUUCUUUCUGCUGAGCCAGAAAUACAAUAUGUUGCUCUACGAAAUAUUAACCUUAUUGUUCAACGGCGGCCCACAAUUCUUGCACAUGAAAUCAAGGUUUUCUUUUGCAAGUACAAUGACCCGAUAUAUGUAAAAAUGGAAAAACUGGAGAUUAUGAUCAAGCUUGCUUCAGAUCGGAAUAUAGACCAGGUUCUUUUGGAACUUAAGGAGUAUGCAACAGAGGUAGAUGUAGAUUUUGUUAGAAAGGCGGUUCGUGCGAUUGGUAGAUGUGCCAUAAAGCUUGAAAGGGCAGCUGAGCGGUGCAUUAGUGUUUUGCUUGAGCUGAUAAAAAUUAAAGUGAAUUAUGUUGUUCAGGAGGCCAUAAUAGUAAUCAAAGACAUUUUUAGACGAUAUCCAAACACCUACGAGUCUAUCAUUGCUACCUUGUGUGAGAGCUUGGAUACUUUGGAUGAGCCUGAAGCCAAGGCAUCGAUGAUAUGGAUAAUUGGUGAAUAUGCAGAAAGAAUUGAUAAUGCUGAUGAGCUCCUUGAAAGUUUCUUGGAGAGUUUCCCGGAGGAGCCAGCACUUGUUCAGUUGCAGUUGUUGACUGCAACUGUUAAAUUGUUUCUUAAGAAACCAACUGAAGGGCCUCAGCAGAUGAUUCAGGUCGUACUAAAUAAUGCCACUCAGGAGACAGACAAUCCAGACCUUCGUGAUCGGGCAUAUAUAUACUGGCGGCUCUUGUCAACUGAUCCAGAGGCAGCAAAAGAUGUCGUGUUAGCAGAGAAGCCAGUGAUCAGUGAUGACUCUAACCAGCUUGAUAAUUCUCUUCUUGAUGAACUUCUUUCAAAUAUUGCAACCCUUGCAUCUGUUUAUCAUAAACCUCCAGAUGCGUUUGUAACCCGUGUUAAGACAGCAAUCCAAAAACCAGAUGACGAAGAGUACCCCGACGGGAUUGAUUCAGGAAAUGCAGAAACUUCUUCUCCGGCAGACAAUACUGCUGCUUUAUCUGGUUCGAACAAUAUUUCAUAUAAUUCUCCAAAGCAUCCGGCAGCAGCACCCUCUGUUGCGUCUCCCCCAGUACCGGACUUGCUUGGAGAUCUUAUGGGUCUGGAUAAUGCCCCUGUGCCAGCCGAUCAGACAUCUGCAGCUUCAGAGUCUCCUUUGCCUAUUCUACUUCCGUCAUCUUCUGGCCAAGGACUUCAAAUUGGUGGAAUGUUGACAAGGCGUGAUGACCAAAUCUUCUACAGCAUGUCAUUUGAAAAUGCCUCCUCAAUUCCUCUUGAUGGGUUUAUGAUUCAGUUCAACAAAAACACUUUGGGGCUUGCAGCUGCUGGUCCACUACAAGUCCCCCAAUUACAACCAGGUGCAUCUGCAAGGACUCUACUCCCAAUGCUGAUGUUCCAGAAUAUUUCACCUGGACCUCCAAGCUCACUCCUGCAGAUUGCUGUGAAAAACAAUCAGCAGCCAGUCUGGUACUUCACUGAUAAGAUUCCAUUGCAAGUAUUCUUCUUUGAGGAUGGUAGAAUGGAGCGUGCCUCCUUCCUUGAGACAUGGAAGUCUCUUCCUGAUACUCACGAGAUCGUGAAAGAUUUCGCAAAUGCUGUGAUCAACAGUGUGGAUGCUACACUUGACAAGCUGGCCACCUCCAACAUGUUCUUCAUUGCAAAGCGCAGGAAUGCAAAUCAGGAAGUUAUCUAUCUGUCGGCCAAGCUGUCUCACAACAUUCCCUUCCUUAUAGAACUGACGACCACGGUCAGUGUCCCUGGGGUGAAAUGCGCAAUCAAGACCCCAAACCCGGAGCUGGCUCCCUUCUUCUUUGAAGCAAUGGAGUCCCUUCUCUAGUGAUGGUGUUGAGAAUGUUCAUUUGCUGCUGAAAUGUAUGAUCUGUCCCAUUUUGUAUCUUUAUCUUGUGUUUUUGGCUUCAUUUUUUCCCCCGUUAUUGAAGUUAUUGAUUCUCUCUGUCUCUGUCUCUCUCUCUGAACAGGAAAAAAUGGCAAACGUAUUAAAUCAAAGUCCGCUGCUAGUGCAUUUUGAUGAUAA